AUGCUUCCUGUUGCGCUGGAAAUUGAUGAACACAAAGGUGGUGCUGCUGCUGGUACUGCUUCCACUGGUGCUGGUGGCGCUUAUUUUGAUUAUUCACCUCCAACUACAAGAUCAAAAUCAAGAUCUAAAAGUUUAGAAGAGGCAAAAAUUACCGCUGAACUGAAACUGAUUAAAGAUGCUGCAAAAUUGAAACUGACUUCUAAUACUAAUAAUUCUAUGGAUAUUGAUCAUACUAUUGAUGAAAAUUUACAAAUCCCAUUUGGUGAAUAUCUUUUCAAAAGAUUAAAACAAAUUGAAAAUGUUGGUUCGAUCUUUGGUGUUCCUGGUGAUUUUAAUUUGGGUCUUUUAGAACAUUUAUACAAGACUGAUUUGAAAUGGAUCGGUGGUUGUAAUGAAUUGAAUUCUGGUUAUGCCGCUGAUGGUUAUUCAAGAUAUACAAACUCAUUAGGUGUCUUGAUUACAACUUAUGGUGUUGGUGAAUUAAGUGCUCUGAAUGCAAUUGCUGGUGCUUUUGCUGAAUAUUCAAAAGUUUUACACAUUGUUGGGAUUCCAAAAACUUCAGUUAUUAAUGAUAAAUCAAAUAAAAAACAUUUACAUCAUUUAGUUCCAAAUAUUAAUUCUUUGAAAAAAUCAGAUUUCCGUGUUUAUACUAAAAUGGUUGAUGGAAUUAGUUGUAUCAGUAAAACUCUAGAUAAUCCUGAUACUUUAACAAGUGAUUUAGAUGAAGUUAUAAAUGCCAUUUUCCAAACCAGUAGACCUGGUUUCAUUUUUCUACCUUUAGAUAUGGCUAAUGCUGAAGUUAAUAGUUUACCUUUACAAAUUACAGAAAAACGUGGAAUUGUACCACAUAUAGUUCAAGAUGAUGAUAUAGACAAAACUGAAGCAAUUGCAGAUGAAAUUCUUGAAUACAUUUAUCAAUCAGAAAAUACUGCAAUCCUUGGUGAUAUAUUGUGUGAUAGAUUUCAUAAUGGUACAGAACUGUUGAGAUCAUUUGUUAGUUCAACUAAAUUACCUAAUUAUACAACUUUUAUGGGUAAAUCAAUAUUGGAUGAAACUGAUUCAAAUUUUGUUGGUGAUUAUAUGGGUAAUCUGUCCAAGAUUGGUAUUGCUGAGAAUUUGGAAGCUUCUGAUUUAAUUUUAUAUUUUGGUCCUUAUAUUAAUGAAAUUAAUACUGGAUUAUAUACUUAUAACUUGAAAGAGGAACAAUUGAUUCUAUUACAUCCAGAUUAUAUCAAAAUUGGUCGUACUUUAUAUGAAGGUGUUCAUUUCAUUAAUGUUUUAAAUGCUUUAAAUUUAAGAUUGGACACUUCAAGGUUACCAACUAGAUCAACACAUUUGAAAUAUGAAAUUAAAAAUAGAUUUGAUAAUAUUGAAUCCAAAUCUUCAUUAUCACAAUCUGUUAUGUUAUCAAAAUUUGAAAAUUUUAUUCAAGAAGGUGAUGUUAUUGUUUGUGAAACUGGUUCUUUUAUGUUUGGUGUUCCAGAUAUUAAAUUCAAAAAAAAUGUUAGAUAUAUUGCACAAGGGUUUUAUUUAUCCAUUGGUAUGGCUUUACCUGCAAGUACUGGUGUUGGUAUUGCAAUGAGAGAUAUGGGUCAUGAUAAAAAAUCAAGACUAAUCUUGAUUGAAGGUGAUGGAUCUGCUCAAAUGACUGUUCAAGAAAUUUCUUCAUUUAUUCAAUAUGAUUUGAAACCAGUUAUAUUUUUAUUAAAUAAUAGUGGUUAUACUGUGGAAAGAAUCAUUGAAGGUGAAACAAGAGAUUAUAAUGAUAUUAAACCAUGGAAUUGGUCUAAAAUUUUUGAAUUAUUUGAAUUUGGUGAUAAACAUGAAAAAACUGAAGUUAAAGUUGUUUCAGAUGAAAUUCAAUUAGCCAAGGCAUUUGCAUCUGCUGAUUUUAAUCCUAAUAAAUUGAGAUUUCAUGAAGUUAUUUUAGAUCCAAUGGAUUGUCCUUGGAGAUUUCAUCAUAUGAAUGGUUAUAAACAUCUUGACCCUGCUACUGCACAAAAAUGA